AUCAUAGAGAUAGAAAACAUGUUCAAGUCAUUCAUUGAUUCAAUUCUAAAUUGGUUCAGAAGUCUAUUCUGGAAACAAGAGAUGGAGCUGACACUGGUCGGUCUUCAGAACUCAGGCAAGACAACUCUUGUCAAUGUUAUAGCAAAUGGAGAUGCAGCAGAAGAUUCUAUACCUACUGUUGGAUUCAACAUGAAGAAGGUUACCAAGGGCAAUGUUACUAUCAAGUUCUGGGACAUUGGUGGACAACCUAGAUUCAGAGGAAUGUGGGAGCGAUACUGCAGAGGCGUCAAUGCCAUCAUCUUUGUGGUGGACUCGGCCGACAGAGAGAAGUUUGAGCAGUCCAAGGCAGCACUACACGAAUUGGUCAACAAGCCACCCUUGGCCAACAUCCCCCUGCUUGUACUAGGUAACAAGAAUGAUCUGCCCAACAACCCAACAAAGGAGGAGUUUAUAGCAUUGUUUGAAUUGGAAUCGAUCAAGGGAAGAGAGGUCUGCUUCUACUCAAUCUCGGCAAAGAACAGCGUCAACAUUGACAUCACACUGGAAUGGUUGAUCAAGCAUAGUUCACAACCCUCA